GUCACACAUGCGCAGUAGCGCAAUACCGGUCAGACGCUCCGGAUCAGCGGCCCAAAACGACGACGGAGUAAACGGAGUCAGCUGUUAAACAGGCUACACCAUGAGUCAGGGAAAGGACAAUGCGCGACUCAGAAGCUAUAAAAAUAAAUCCCUCAACACAGAUGAGAUGAGGAGAAGGAGGGAGGAGGAAGGUCUGCAGCUACGCAAACAGAAGAAAGAUGAACAGCUGUUUAAACGGAGGAAUGUGGCUACAGUGGAGGAAGACUCCACACUGGAGGAUGACGGCAUGUCGGACAGUGGCUACCUGGAAUCCCAGGCCAAUAACAUGGACCAAAUCACGGGAGGUGUUAUCUCUGAGGACAUGACCCAGAUGAUCUUCUCUAGUUCUCCAGAACAGCAGCUUAUGGGGACACAACGCUUCAGAAAGCUUUUGUCGAAAGAGCCUAACCCACCUAUUGAUGAAGUCAUUGCCACAUCUGGUGUGGUGGAGCGCUUCGUGGAGUUCCUGAAGAGGAGGGAGAAUUGUACCCUACAGUUUGAAGCAGCGUGGGUCUUGACAAACAUCGCCUCCGGCACGUCCCACCAGACGCGUGUGGUCAUUCAAGCUGGCGCUGUGCCCAUAUUCAUAGAGAUGCUCAGCUCAGACUUUGAGGAUGUCCAGGAACAGGCUGUAUGGGCAUUAGGCAACAUUGCAGGUGACAGCACAGAGUGCAGAGACUAUGUGCUGGAUUGCAAUAUCCUACCCUCCCUUAUACAGCUACUGGCCAAACAGAACCGUUUGACGAUGAUGAGGAAUGCGGUGUGGGCUCUGUCUAACCUGUGCAGAGGGAAGAACCCACCUCCAGACUUCUCCAAGGUGUCACCGUGCCUCAGCGUUCUGUCCUGGCUACUCUUUGUGAACGAUACAGACAUUCUGGCUGAUGCAUGCUGGGCGCUGUCCUACCUGUCUGAUGGCCCCAAUGACAAGAUCCAAGCCGUAAUUGACUCAGGAGUGUGCCGCAGACUGGUGGAGCUGCUCCUGCACUCAGAUUACAAGGUAGUAUCUCCUGCUCUUCGAGCUGUGGGGAACAUUGUUACAGGAGAUGACCUCCAGACACAGGUGAUCCUGAACUGCUCCGCCCUGCAGAGUCUCCUUCACCUGCUAAGUAGCCCAAAGGAGUCCAUUAAGAAAGAAGCCUGUUGGACCAUCUCUAAUAUUACUGCUGGCAAUCGGGCACAGAUACAGAUGGUGAUAGACGCAGGUUUGCUCCCUCCUCUCAUCAGUAUUCUUCAAGUGGCCGAGUUCCGUACAAGGAAGGAGGCAGCGUGGGCCAUCACUAAUGCCACUUCUGGAGGCUCUGCUGAGCAGAUCAGACACCUAGUGGAGCUGGGUUGCAUCAAGCCUCUCUGUGACCUUCUGACUCUGAUGGACUCCAAGAUCGUGCAGGUGGCUCUGAAUGGCUUGGAGAAUAUUCUCAGACUGGGAGAGCUGGAAGCUAAGAGAGGAGGAGGAAUAAACCCCUACUGUGCACUCAUCGAAGAGGCAUACGGUCUGGAUAAGCUGGAGUUCCUGCAGGGCCAUGAGAACCAGGAGAUCUAUCAGAAGGCCUUUGACCUGAUCGAGCGCUACUUCAGCCCUGAGGAUGAAGACCCGGCCUUGGCACCCGCAGUGGACCUGCAGCAGCAACAGUUCCUCUUCCAGCAGUGUGAGGCACCCAUGGAGGGCUUCCAGCUCUAAACUGCUUCCUCCCUCCCGCUCCACACAACCCAUGCAAGAGGGAGAGAUGUCCCCAGUCCCACCUGAGAGAAUGAUUAAUAAAGAUCAUGAUUAUUGAGAGUGUGACUUCGCAAGAGCCUGUGUUGCUGGUCGACCCCCCCGCCCCUUCCCUCUGCCUGCUGUCACUGGUCCUAUUCUGAAGAACCAGAUCUAGACAGCCUGAACAAAAACAUGACCAUCAGAUCCUACCUAGCAGAAUGCAAUCGCCUCCCUGAUAAUUACUCCCAUUGCCCAUACUGUCUUGCAUUAAUCCACCACAAAAGGAAUUUCCCAUAAGCACCUAAACCCGUCCAGUACAAGCAAGCGUCAAAGAAGCCCUGCAAGACUAAACCAGGAAAACUCUGCAUCCAGCCACGAGUUGAUGGAAGCUUGGAUUAAACUUACGGCAAUACUGACUCUUGAGACAGGUGGCCUGUACAUGAUCCUCUUUUUCAUCUGUAAACACUGGACUGACCGUCUGACUGUGUACAGCGCAUCCUACGGGCGCUCCCAAAAAAGAGGCAUGACGUGGCCAGUGUGCCCUGAAGACUGAGAGGAAAAAAAGACUUCUACUGAAGGCGACGCACUUUUACUUACUUGUUAGACCAGGACAGCUUAUAAAAAGACAGCUCUUGUUGAGACAACGGAGGGGUCCAGACUGUUUUGUGACUGACUGUGCCACUUUGGCAAAACCCUUUUGCAUUCAAUCUCAUGCAUUCCUACAGUGACUGAAAACCAGCUGUUCAGGCUUCAGCUCGCUUUUCGUUCAUGAUGACGCAUGCAUUUGCACCUUUUAAGAAUUCUGGGAGUUGGAGUCCUACAUGCGCACUGAGACUGUUGGACAAAGACAGACUCCCUUUCAUUUUUUUUCUUGAGCCUGUGCAUCAGACCUUUUGGGACUUGUAAGAGGACAAUUCCAUAUGAUUAUCAAUAUUCAUCAUCAUCAGCACUUUAUGUUCAGGACAGAAAGCCUUGGUUUAAAUCGUAACCAUCUUCCUUUCCAUGCAGUACUUGGCCCACAUUUGCUCUCCGGCUCCUCAGGAAUUGAGGGAAGAAUGGUGUGCAUAUGGCGCGCACCCAAAUCACAGGACAUUCUUUACAGAACUAAACACACUAAAUAUAUUUUGAGUGCAAUCUCAUUGCCUCGCCCUGGCUGAAAAAGAAACUUUGCCCGUUUUGAAGCUUCCUCCACCAGUCAGACUCUAUGGACAUUUAAUGAGCUGAAGGCUUGGCUUCCCUAUGUGUUUGACACACGAAUUUUAAUAUGACUGAUCAUGACGAUUCCAAUGUUCAGAUGACCCCACAUUAUAUGGUCUAACUAGAAGGAAUAUGAGGAAAAAGUAUACAAAGUAAAAAGCUGCAUUCCUUUUAGCACAUUUCUUAAGUUUUAUUUUUUUUGGGGUAGUAUCUGUCAGUACCGAAGGUGCCAUAAUUACUCCUCAUUGUGAAAUUAAGAUUAAAGACAAGACAAUAAUAAGAAAAAAAAAUCUAAAUGAAUCCAAAUUAAACUUGAAACAUAGUGGUGAUUUUGUUAGCUCAAAAGCUAAACAAUUGUUUACUAAUUUUUUUUUUUUAAGUCAGAUUCUCCCAGAGAGAUGACCAGCUCUUCAUGUUCAAUACUGCUGUUGUAUUGAGAUUGUGUAACUGUUCUCUGUUAAGCCAUUUGCAUAAAUGCUGUUUCAUGAA